AUGACGCGCAAAGUCUGCAUCACUGCCGUCGAGGGGCAGACCGGCUUCCUCAUCGCCGAGCUGAUCCUCAAGAAUGACCGGUUCAAGAAGAAGAUUGACAGCGUGACGGGCCUGUCGCUCGACCCGUCGUCGCCCAAGGCCAAGGAGCUGCAGUCGCUCGGCGCCGUCAUUGUCCCGCACAAGCCCGGCCGGGAGCGCGAGAUGGUCAACACGCUCAAGAAGGUUGGGUGCGACACCAUCUGCCUCGUGCCCCCCGCCCACCAGGACAAGUUCGACAUCACGGUCGAGCUCGCCAACGCGGCUAAGAAGGCGGGCGUGUCCAACGUGCUGCUCAUCAGCUCGGCCGGCUGCGACUACGCCGAGAGGAACAGGCAGCCGCGCCUGCGCGAGUUCAUUGAUAUUGAGAGUGUGGUGUUGAGUGCUAAGGGUGAUCCGAGCACCCCGCUGGGACACUCGCCUUGCGUUAUCCGCGCGGGUUUCUACGCGGAGAAUCUCCUGCUCUAUUCGCAACAGCUUCAGGCCGAAGGGAUUCUGCCUCUUCCUCUUGGUGAGGGCCACAAGUUUGCACCAGUUGCCCUUGGGGAUGUCGCCAACGUAGCGGCCCACGUCCUUUCGGGGAAGGGCCCGCAUGGUUUUGACGACAAGCACCGCGGCCAGAUGAUGGUGGUCACCGGGCCCAUGCUUUGCGCCGGCCAGGAGCUUGCUACAGCGGCCAGCAACGCCUUGGGCCAAACCAUGGAGUAUGAGAACAUCUCCGAGCGAGAAGCAAAGAGGAUCCUCAAGACUGCAGACAUAGAUGACUCGGAAAAGGAGUACAUCCUUGAGUACUACAGCCUUGUGCGUGAGGGGAAGACCAACUACAUUUCCACGACGGCUUUCCACGACGUCACUGGCGAGCAUCCCACACAGCCGGAUGAGUUCUUCCGUUUGUAUGCCAGCGAGUUGCGGCCCAAGAAGAAGGUGAGGCACAACAGCAGCUAG